AUGUUGGACUGUAAAGCAAGGAUUUGUUGUUUGCAAACAUGGCAUUCAGUAAAUUUGCUUUACUAUCUCAAUAAAGAUCAUGAUGAGAUGAGAGCUCGGGAAGGACAGUGGUCGCCUGAGUUCUUGACUUCAAAGGCAUGGAGGAGCAUGAUACCAUGCAACUUGAAUGAGCAAGAGCUCUAUGUUGCUUUAAAGUACUCAUCAAUAUUAGACCUGUACCUACGACAUGGAGUGACUUAUGAGGCUUCACCAAUUUUGCAUACCUUGGUCGAAGACUACGAGUCUCAAUCAAUCAGUGACCAAUCUCAGAUUUUUAGUGAGUUAGGGGAAAUAGAAAACUCAACUGCAGAUUAUUUGGUCUUCUACACAAGAAAAUAG